UUCGACCUACCGCAGCGCUGGAACGGGACCCGCUUUCUCGUUUAAAAUUUCAAAAAUAACUCAUCAAUUUACAUCCUAUUUUAAACAAUGACCGUAAAAUAUUGAGAAGAAAAAUGAGUGAAAUGGUGUAACACAAAUCGCUCUUCAUUCAGAUGACUAGGGAGAAAUUUCAGCGCUGUCAUGGAUUUUACAGUGUUACUGUACUCGUUAUUCAUUCACUGGACGUUUGUAUCAUCAGCACCGAGUAAUAACGACGGAUAUCCUUCGUUUUCUCCCAAUAAUCUCAUUCCUGGUAAGCAGUUGAGAAACAAGGAAUUUCGCGAGUACAAUGAGACCGACGAAGGUAUAAGUUCCCGUCCGUUGAAACCUCGUUAUUGUGUAACUCGUGCCGAAUGUAUACCCCUGAAUAAUACGACAUGUCUGGGAGUUAAAGUACCUUAUACGAGGACUAGUUUAGGUCUCGUAGCUGAUAUUUCUACUCAGGAAGAAGCUCAAGAACGAUUGCAUAAAUGGCACAAGACUCUGAUUCAUAUACCAAAGUGUUGGGCUGUGGUGCAGCCAUUCUUGUGUGCUUUGUUUAUGCCGAAAUGCGAAGAUGGGCAAGUUGUGUUACCGUCCAAAGAAAUGUGUGAUAAAAUCCAAUACCCUUGCCGGAUCUUAAUCACACAGAAUCUAUGGCCAGCUGAAUUCAAUUGCACUCCGUAUAAACAAGAGAAAUGCAAAAACGAUAUGAGCGAAUUGAAAUUCAACACAGCUAGUCAAUGCAUGGCACCUUUGGUCAAAGCGGAACAAGAAUCUUCCUACUACGAAGGUAUCGAAGGAUGUGGGGUUCAAUGUCAAGAUCCCUUUUUCAGCGAAGAAGAACGAAAGGAGAUCGGCACCUAUGUACUUCUCGGAUCAGUUGCUGCUUUUUUGUCUAAUUUAUUCGCAGUUGUGACGUUAAUUUUAGACUGGAAAUCAACUUCGAAGUUUCCAACAGCUUUAGCAGUAUUGUACCUAAAUAUAAGUUUUCUUAUGGUUUCAAUCGGACACCUAUAUCAAUUAAGGCCUGGAGCUAAUGAUCAUACCAUUUGCCAUAAAGAUGGCACUCUGAGAACCUCAGAACCUAGUUUAGGUGGAAAUUUAUCCUGUGUGACUAGUUUUGUAUUUGUUUAUUAUUUCCUUAUCGCUGGAAUAGUUUGGUUUGUUGUAGUCGCUUAUGCAUGGGAUUCGUAUGUGAAACGAAGCGUAAGAGGCGGUGUUCCUGAACGAAAGGAUAAAAGAAUCCCUUACUAUCAUAUUUCGGCAUGGAGUUUGCCAGUUAUACUGACUGUGACGAUAAUGGCGCUGGGAGAGGUGGACGGAGAUAGCCUAUUGCACGUUUGUUUUGUCGGCGGAGUGAAUAAAAAGUAUCGUUUGAUAUUUUUCCUCGGUCCUUUAUUGUUCUUGGUGGUUGGAUGGCUUCUGUUCAUGAAAGGUGUUGUGACGUUACUUUGGUUUAAAAUGACCAACAAGGAGCAUAUUUCUCCGAAAUCGAACAAGACGGUUUGGACGAAUAUAUUCAGAGUGCUGAUAUUUUCCAAUUUUAUUCUUCUUUUUGGGGUUGUUACGUUUAUUUACCAUAUUUACGAGUAUCUGCAUCACGAAGAAUGGAAAAAUAGUUUACGGAAAUCUAUUAUCUGUCAAUUAAAUUUCGCUGACGAUACUGAGAAUUGUCGAAUCUGGCCAAAACCUAGUUUAUCGAUGAUUGAGUUACGAAUUCUAGCUCUGUUUGGAACUAACAUCAGUAUGGCGUUAUGGGUUUUUGAAAAAUCUGCCAAAAGGAACUGGAUUAUACUCAUGAAGAGAAUUUUGCAUAAAGAAAUAAACGAAUCGAAUACCAUUACGAAGCAUAAGCUUAUCUCUUUCGCAUAUGCCAAGAGGAAAAAUCUGGAAAACGGAGGCAAUCUUUCUAUCGAUAUGAACAACCAUCAAGAUCCAGUUGGAUUGAAUUUCGAAUUGAAUAGUCUAGGAUCUCGAUACUGUAGCUCUUCGUGGGCCAAAGUUUUACCAAAAUUGAUCACCCGGCGUGGAGCAUUGGCAGUUGUUUCCAGAUCAAAUUCUAGUCAACGUGGUAAUUCCGUCGAUUCCGAGUACAGCAUCAAUUUCAAAAGAGUUUCCAUCGAGUCUCAUUCGAGGAGACAUUCGAUCGAAUCUACAGUCUCGAUGCAAACUGUAGAGGUUAAGAAAAUGGUCCACAAGAGACGGCGAGAUAAAAGAAGACGCGAUAAAAAAUGCAAUUAUAAAUAUAAAACGACCGAAACAAAAAUAUCAUCGAGACACAGCAGUACUUCGUCUUUGGCUAAAAAUCUAGAAAAAGAGGUCAUGGGUAUUUUUAUAUCCAACGAACGAACAACUCUCGCACCGAAUAUGAACAGAAGAUGCGCCAUUACCGGUAUAGGUAACAGUACUUUGAAUCUAUUGGAUAUAGGACGAGAAAUAGAGAACCGUAGCGAUAACAACGAUUCUAGUAAUAGCUCUGUUACCGAAACCGAUUCUGAAAUGCAACAAGUAACUCUUCCGUCCUGAAUUUAAAGACUGAAUUUUUUUCAACUGUAUUUUCCUAAGCUUGUACGAACAACGAAUAAUUUAUUAUGUGAGACUGAUUGUGCGGACGUUUGGUAUCGCGUUGCAUUUUUGUGUGUGUGUGUUUUAAUCCGACUGGGUUGUUUAUUGAUCGGAAAAUAUUUAGUAUUAUUUUUACAUAAUUAUGUAUGUAGUACGAAUUUUUCAUUGUUUAUGUAACUAACAGUUAAACUAAGAUCUCCAUUUUACUAUUUCUGUAUUAUUUUGAUUUUGUCACGAAUGUAUGUGUAUGUAUCGUUUUAGUGUCUUUUUUUUCCUAAUUGACGUGCCAAUUUUCUGAGAAAUGCAUUUAAAAUGUGAUAUUAUUUAUGUAUUUUAAAUAACGUAGUCAAUUCUGUAUUUGUAUUGUAAUUUUCUUUUUUUUUAUUUUACAUUGUGUAAUUUGUGUACUUCGUCUUCCUUUCUAAUUUUAAUAUAUUUGUAUGUUUUUGUAUA